UAAAAAGGGAAGUGUGAUAGGAAAUUUCUUAUUGCCAUGUUGACCUCCUUCCAUCUCCAUAUAUACACUCCCAAUAUCAAUGCCUCCUCACUCAAUAUUCAUCAACUAACUAAACCUUCAGUUCCUAAAAUCCUCAAAUUCCUUCUUACGGUGCAACUAUGUCUGAAUCAUUAGUUAAAGAUAGGUUUCGCAUUGGUUACGCUCUUGCACCAAGAAGUGUAAGCAGUUUCAUCCAAGAUUCUCUCCUUAAUCACUCCAAAGAACAAGGCGUUGAUCUCAUCCCUAUCGAUCUUGAAAAGCCAUUAGUCGAGCAGGGUCCUUUCGACGCUAUUUUCCACAAGCUCUAUGAGGAAAAAUGGAAGAAACAACUCGAAGAAUUCUCUCUCAAAUACCCAACUUCCAUAAUCGUUGACCCACUCGAUGCAAUCGAGAAGCUCCAUAAUCGAGUCUCCAUGCUUGACGCAGUCAACCAACUGAAAAUCAAGAACCUUGCAAUUCCCCAGCAGGCAUUCGUUGACUCGAACGAAUCCCUGCAGGAAAAAAUCGUCAAUCAGGUGAUGAAAUUCCCCCUGAUUGCCAAGCCGGUGACCGCCAAUGCUACGGCUGACGCUCACCAGAUGUUUCUUGUCUUAAACAAAGACGGGUUAAACGGAAUUAAAGCCCCAAUCAUAAUACAGGAAUUCGUGAACCAUGGGGGAGUUAUUUUCAAGGUUUAUGUAGCAGGGGAUCAUGUUAAAUGUGUGAAAAGGAAGUCAUUACCUGAUAUAACCGAAGAAAAACUGGGCAAUUCAGAUAACCUGAUUCCGUUUUCGCUGAUUUCUAGUGAACAGAGUGAUGAGAGUUUCGCGAAGCUGAUGGAGGCAGCAAAGAUGCCUCCAUUAAGCUUCAUAAACGAAGUGUCAAAGCAGCUGAGGCAUGCUUUGAAUUUGCAUCUGUUUAACUAUGACAUGAUAAGGGAUAGUAAAGAUGGAAAUCGGUAUCUUAUUAUUGAUAUCAAUUAUUUCCCUGGUUAUGCUAAGGUGCCUGAAUAUGAAACAAUGUUGACUCCUUGUUUUCUUGAUAUUGCAAACGAGAAGCGAAGCAAAGAGACUGGUAACUUGGACAAACCGGAGAAUAAUAAGAUGCGUGAGGGAGAGACUAAUAAUUUGGACCACACUGAGAAUAAUGAGACCCAUUCUAAUGGUCACCAGUUAUUCUAUCAGAUUGAUUAAGAAAUUGGGUUUUUAUUGUUUUAUUUUUAUUUCGUUGGAUUUGCAUGUAAUGUGUGAGUAGUUGACAUUUGGGAUGGGUUAAAUCCACAAGUAGCUACUCAUCUGUUCUUGUAAUUGAAAAAUAAUCAUCAUCAUGACUUUUUUCAUGAAACUUCAGUUGUGAAUUUAAAACUUUAAAGGUGGGGAGAAUAACACUUUUGGUCCUUCAGUUAACAGUGAA